AUGGAAUUGGCAUCUGAAGACGGCUUCAUCAUCGAUCCAUUUUUACAAGUCAAAAUGCAACUAUCUCAACUUUCACUGACAACUGAGGACAUAGCCAUUGCAACAGAAAAUGACCCGAGGUUGAAAAAGUUGCGCAAAAGCAUACUUCGAGAUUCAAACAAAUAUUAUAAUUGGUAUUGGAUAAAUGAUGGAUGCAUUCUAUUUGGCACAAGGAUUUGGAUUCCAAAAAAGUUACAAAAAUAUGUUUUAGAAUAUUUACAUAUAGAACAUGUAGGUGUAAUUAAGAUAAUAGCAUUAGCACUUUCAUAUUGUGUCUUCUGGCCAAGUAUUGAUGAAGACAUUGAAAAUCUUGCAAGAAAUUGUCCUCAAUGCAUCGAAAAACAACAUGCACCAUUUAAAGAAAUUGUGUAUAAUUGGGUGGCUCCCGAGAAACCCUGGAAAAGAAUACAUAUUGAUUAUGCUGGUCCAUUUAUGAACAAUUGGUUUUUAUUGGUUGUUGAUGAAUAUUCUAUGUGGCCAGAAGUUUUUAUCUCAAAUUCUUCAUCUGCAUCGAACACUAUUGAAAAGUUAAAAUUUUUGUUUUCUAGAUUUGGUGAACCCAGAGUUCUUGUUAGUGAUAAUAUAUCCUCGUUUAUGGAAGAAGAAUUUCAGACUUUUUUGGAACGUUUAGGUAUACUACAUUGUACGCGUGUUCCUUUCAAUGUAAUAUCAUAUGACAAUGCGGUACGAUUUAUAUUCGCCUUGAAACAUGCGCUUAUAGAACUUAAAGGUCCGGUCAAUUCUGUACAAGAUAAACUGAAUACAGUAUUGUUCACGUGCAGAGGUUCACAGAUCACAUUUACUAUGGAGAGUCCAGCAAAUUUGUUUUUAGGACGAGAUUUAAGAUCUAACCUGAACUUACUCAAAUCAGAGAAACAUAAGAAAAUAAAUAUGCAAAAUGCAACUCCAUCUAAAUUAUUCCACUUUGGUCAAAAAGUAGUUAUACCUAAUAAUGUAAAUGGAUUUAUAAUUAGUGCAGAUACCUCAAAAUAUGUGAUAGUUAUGGCGAAUGGAAAAUUGACUCGCCAUAUUAUUUACGAAGUGAUUCCUUUCCCAGUCAUUAAGUCAUUUUCAAAGAUUCAACCAGAAACACAACCAGUCAGACCUCAGAGGCGAAAGAGAUUAAUCAAACCGAUAAAACGUUUAAAUUUAUAA